AUGCCAGAACGGGUUGGUGAUUAUUAUAAUUUAAUGCCACUUGAUAGUAGUCAAGCAAAUGUUCCACAUAAAUCACGUACAUUUCGUUAUCAAACAAUAAGUUAUAAAGCAACACAUACACGAACUAAUGCUGUAUGUUAUUUAAAAAGAAUAAUGGGAUGUAAAUUACCAACAGCACGUCUUUAUGAUGUUGUUGAAGCAUGGAAAAAAAUUAUUCAUGCUAAUAUUGUACAAUUACGUGAAGUUUUUCUAACCAAAGAUUUUGACGAUGAACAACCUUCUAUUGUCUUUGUCUAUGAUUUUAUACCAUGUUGUGAAACGUUACAAAAACGACAUUUUAGUUCAAAUAAUAGUGUACUUAAAGGUUGGGCUAAUCCGUAUAAUCUAUCUGGUGAAGAUCGUCCAUUCAGUGCUGGUAAAGGAACCAGUCAUACAGGUUUAUUACCUGAAUCACUUAUAUGGGAAUAUGUUGUACAGAUAUCAUCAUUAAUUCGAACAUUACAUGGAGUAUCACUUGCUUGUAGAUGUUUAAAUUUAUCAAGAAUACUUGUUGAUGGUGAUUCAAAAGCAGGACGCGGAAAAUCUAGAGUAUGGCUUAGUGGUGUAGGUAUUGCUGAUAUUCUUGAUGGAAGUAUUAAUGGAACUGUUCAUCAACAUAUAUUAAAUGAUUUACAAGAUUUUGGUCGUUUGAUAUUAAUGUUAGCAUGUAAUUCCAUUGUAGGCGCACAAAAAGAACAUUUACAAACAUCAUUAGAAAUAGUCCAACGAAAUUAUUCCCAUGACCUUAAAAAUCUUAUUCUACAUUUCUUACUACCAUCGAAUACAUCAAAGCCAAAAACUAUUAAUGAAUGUAUGCCAAUGAUAGGUGCACGUUUUUAUGCACAAAUUGAUAAUUUACAUGUACGCGGUGAUAUUCUUGAAAAUGAAUUGGCUAAAGAGCUUGAUUGUGGUCGUUUGUUUCGUUUGAUUUGUAAACUUGAUGCACUUCUUGAACGACCGGAACAUUCAAUGAAUCAAGUUUGGUCCGAAACAGGUGAUCGUUAUAUUUUGAAAUUAUUUCGUGAUUUUGUAUUUCAUUCAGUUGGUUUCGAUGGUGAACCAACUAUUGAUAUAGCACAUAUUGUUCAAUGUUUAAAUAAAUUCGAUGCCGGUUCACAUGAUAAAAUCUGUCUUACAUCACGAGAUGAGCAAAAUGUUAUUAUUGUUAGUUAUUCUGAAUUACAUCAAGCAUUCGAACGUGCUUUCACUGAAUUAAUGAAUUAUGGAUCAACAGGAUCAUCUUGA